CCUCUUCUUUCCGCUUGUAUUCUGGGUUCAAUAUUUAUUUUGCCCUAAAUUACUGUAAAUUCAGUCCAGUCGACGACGAAAGUCCCCAGAGCUCCGCCGGGAAUCAGCGAAGAUGGCGUCUUCCUCAAAUACUCUACGGGACCUGCAGCGUGACCUAGAAAGCAAAGCUAACGAUCUCAGCCAGCUACAAAAAGAUAUAGCCAAAAACCACCAAGUCAGAAAGAAGUACACCAUUCAGCUCGGUGAAAACGAGCUUGUCCUUAAGGAAUUGGAUCUGUUGAAUGAAGAAGCGAAUGUGUACAAACUGAUCGGGCCCGUGCUGGUAAAGCAGGACCUGGCAGAGGCCAGGGCCAAUGUCAAGAAGCGAAUUGAGUACAUCUCGGCCGAAUUGAAGCGUUUGGAUGCCACCCUUCAAGAUUUAGAAGAAAAGCAAAACAGCAAGAAAGAAACGAUCUUUAAAUUACAACAACGAAUUCAAUCAACCCAGGCAGGAAAAAGCAAAGCGUAAUAUACCGGCAAGCUUGAAGAUUAUGUAGCUGCUAUUUUUGAUUGCUGUGGCACAUGAAUAUCAUUCUCUCCCAGUUGACAUUUGCAGUGAUGCACAGUAAUCAAAUCUGUGUUAUUUUUAGUUUUUAAGAUCUCGGUAUCUUGGGGUUGGGCCUUCCAUUGAUUUCAGUUGUAUGGAACAGAGUACAUUUAGUUCAUCUGGACAAACGUUAUGUGUGAAGCUUCUUUCCUUAUUAUACUAAAACUAUUGAAGUUUUGGCUUGUGAAAUUUAAGAUUUUAGGCAUGGUAGUGU